GUAUGAAGUACAGUAUGUUCCUAUUUAACUUCAUAUUCUGGGUCUGCGGUUGUGUUAUUUUGGGAGUCUCCAUAUGGCUUCGAGUCAGUGCAGAAAAUAAGCAGAAACUGAGAUAAGUUAUGUGUUCUCUGCAGUCGAUGUUAUGAUAGCAGCGGGAGCCAUAAUUAUGGUGCUUGGAUUUCUGGGAUGCUGCGGAGCCGUAAAGGAGUGUCCUUGUCUCCUUCUUCUGUUCUUCAUUGGGUUGCUUUUGAUCCUGGCAUUGCAGGUAACCGCAGGGAUUCUAGCGGCACUAGAUAAGCCGCAGUCGGAAGAAAAAGUGAAAGAAAUGUUGCAGAAGGUUAUUCCAUUAAAUACGAAACCUGACCUCGUCCAGCAUAUGGUAGAAAUGAUCCAAAAAGAGAACAAGUGCUGCGGAAUUGUUAGUGGCGCCAGUGACUGGGGAAACCGACCGCCAGAAUCCUGUUCCUGCUCUUCACCAUCUAAAUGUGGUAAUGGUUACUAUGAGCAGACGUGCACUUCAUUAUUUAUCGAAGACUUCACAAAGCCUCAUUUAAUCAUAAUCGGGAUUGCGUUUGGGCUCCUGGUGGUCGAGCUCUGUGGCCUCAGUCUUUCCAUGACCUUGUAUUGUCAGAUAAAGAAGAAAUGAGGAGACCUGGAUUAUCUCAGGCUGGGGCUCGAAGUACAAGAACCUGUGGAUUUUGGAUAUACAUUAACAUCCUGUUCUGCUAUUUUGCUGCGAUCUAUCGACUGGUGCGAGGCUCCGGAUACAAUCCAUUCACUUGGGUUUACGGCUGCAGAGGGUAUUUUCAUUUUCUAUCUAAUGUUUCUGUUUAAUAAUGUAACCAAUGAAUAAAUGGAAAAUAAGGAUUCUUCCCGAUGACUGUGACGUCAGGCUG